AUGGCUGAAGAAGAUUUCGAGAUUGAUAUCUAUGGCGACGCAAGCAACGAUCACCAGCAGGAUGACCACCGAGACGAUGGUAACAACCAAGACUACCAUCAAGGCGAUCAUCGACAAGACAGCCACGAUGAUCAAAAUAUGGAUGAUCACCAUGCCCAGGACAGCCACGCACGCGAGAGCUUUGAUUCCAACCACCAAGCAUCCGGCUCUCAGCAAGGGACUAAAAGAAAACAAGAAGAGGAUGACCGACCGGUUGAUCAAGCCGCCACAACAUCGCUUAUGAUAUCAGAACUGAACUGGUGGAACACGGACGAUGAUAUUCGAGGCUGGGCUCGGGAAGCUGAUUGCGAGGAUGAAAUCAAGGACAUCACUUUCAGCGAACAUAAGGUCAACGGUAAAAGCAAGGGACAAGCGUACGUCGAGUUCUACUCACCUCAGGCGUCAACAGCCACCAAACAUCGUAUUGAACAGGUUCUGGCUGAAAGCCAAGGCGCCAAAAAGGUCACGUUGGCCUAUUGGGCCCCCAACAUCAAUCCCUUCAAGACCCUUCCCAAGGACGCACCUGCCAGGGGCAAGGAUCAAAGCCGUGCGCCGUCUGGCUACAACGACCGCAGCAACAACAUGGGCGGCAACUUUGGUGGUUCUGGUGGUGGUUUCAGAGGAGGCAGGGGCGGCUACAACCGUGGCGGUAUGAACCAAGGAGGAUAUAAUCGCAAUUUCAACAAUAACAACAACAACAUGGGGGGAUUCAACAACAAUAUGGGUGGAGGAUAUAAUGGACCCAUGGGAGGCGGCGGUAACUUUGGCUUCAACAACCGCGGCGGCAUGAUGGGAGGCGGCAUGCGAGGUGGCCCUGGAGGUAUGCGAGGUGGCCGAGGAGGCGGCAUGAUGAACAUGAACCCCAUGGGUGGAAUGCCUAUGGGCAUGCCCGGCAAUAUGGGCAUGGGUAUGAUGGGCCCGAACGGCAUGCCUGGUUUUCAAGGCAUGCCACCCAACUUCAACCCUGGCUUCGGGUUCAAUCAGAACCAGGGCGGAGGCGGCGAUUGGGGCAACCCGCAUGGAGCCAAACGGCCUCGACCAGAGUAG